AUGGCAUCCUCCAUCGCCUCGUCCUCGAAAACGCCGGCUUCGGCCAUCGCGGCCAUCCAACUCGUCCGCUCUCAAAUCUUCCAAACCUCUCACAACCCGCAAAACCUGAGGACGGGUGCCAAGUACCUGAAGAAACGGCUCCGAGGACCAUCGAUGGUGGACUACGUUAUGCCAUCGUAUUGGGCCGAACGGGAACGAGAACGGAUCGUAGCUGCCAGCGCUGGGACCCCCUUGCUCACUGGGAAGGGCAAGGAGAAGGGUGGUAAAGUCGUCCUCCCCGAAGGUGGCAUUCAGAGUAGUAGUCUGUUGCCCGCAGCUGUUGCCGCACGGAACGCCGGUCGACCCGAACCCGUCUUUGGCCAAAUGUCCAACCUCCUCCGGAAUCCCGACUUUCAUCCUGCAGGUCGCCCUUCUCCUUACCACCCUUCCACCGUCCCCGGUGCCUCUGCCGACUCGAAGAUCAACCCUGACGACCUUUACAACUCGAUCAAGGACUACCGAGCUUCCUCCGAGGCUCGUGGGGACGUACCCGAAGGCUUCCAGCCUGUCGGUUUCGGACCGGCCGGAGCGAGUUUGGGUCAGGUUUCCAGUAACAAGGGGGAGGGACCGGCCUCUUAUGGCACGUUUGCUUGGUUAGCUGAUGCGCAUGAGAGGACGCGCAAGGAAGAGGUUCGGGUGAAGAGGAUCGAAGGGAGAGGGCCGCCCAAGAAGGGAGAGGGCAGGAGGAGUCAGAUGAAGAGGAAGUAG